AUGGAUAUUAACACGUUGCUUCAACCAGAUUGUGUCUCAGUAUUUGCAUUGGGUGCCUUUUUAGGACCUAGUAUAACUGAAGAGCAACGUAUUUUAUCUGGGAGGCAAGGUGAAAUUAUCUUCACCUAUUUUGGCAUAAUUCCGAGUGAUUUUGAUGUGCCUGAAUGUCGAUGUGGAAGACCAAUGUAUCGAGUUAAUGAUUCUAGUCGGAAACUCGGCUACAGGUUCAAAUGCGCGGGUGGCCAUAAAAUAAAUCCAACCAAAAAUACUUUUUUAGAGUAUGUACAUACUGCUGGAGAGUUGGGCUGCAAUAAAAUAGUGCAAAUGAUUUAUUUGUGGUUAAUUAGUUCGGACACAGCAACGAUCCAACAAGAGGUGAAUAUAUCUACAGAAACAGCGGUUGCUUAUACUGAAUAUUUUAGGGACGUAGCCACUAAAAUAAUGAACCACGACUACCUAAUGAUCGGCAAUGAACACGAUAUCGUGGAAGUAGAUGAGACGUAUUUGUUCAGAGCUAAAUACAACGUCGGGCGUGUUAUGGCAUGGAAUGCUGUGUGGUUAUUUGGUAAUUGA